AUGUCAAAUCCGUCAAACGGGCGAUCGCUGCGACUCUUAUCCCUUGAUGGUGGAGGCGUAAAAGGCCUUGCAAGUCUCCUGAUCCUGAAGCGCAUCUUUCGCACCCUCCAGAAGGUUGAUGGGCGCGACGAGAUCCCUCGACCAUGCGAAUAUUUUGAUUUGAUUGGAGGAACAUCAACGGGAGGUCUCGUAGCUAUUAUGCUUGGUCGGCUACGGAUGACAAUAGAUGAAUGCAUCGAAGUAUUCCAGCAUGUCUCAGAGACCGUAUUUGGGAAUAUCCCCGGCACAUUUUCGAGACUAAUCGGCGGACUCUCUGGCAAACCAUUUUUCAAGGCCGAGAGGUUGGAAAAGGUAGUCAAAGAAUUGCUCAUAUCUCGAGGAGUAGAUCCUGAUACGUUUUUGAAAGACUCAGAACAUGCACGAUGCAAAGUAUUUGUCUGCGCCACUCGAGCCCAAACCGUCCAACCUGUCCUGUUUCGCUCUUACACCACGUGGUCCGAAGGAGAAGAGAACUAUGCUUGUCAUAUUUGGGAGGCAGCCAGAGCAACUGCGGCCGCUCCUCUCUUCUUCGAACCGAUAAAAUUGAAGAUAUCAGGAGCCACUUUUGUAGACGGCGCCAUGAGACUGAAUAACCCAAUCUCCGCUGUCCUAAACGAAGCUGAUGCUCUAUUUCCAGAUGCGACGUUCAAAUCUAUUAUAAGCAUUGGAACUGGUUGGACUGACGUUGCAGGUCUCGCAGUGGAACAGAUCACGGCCCACAACGUUCUCAAGACUUGUAUCGACAUAUCUAUCAAUGCCAAUAAUGAGGCACAGGCAUUUGCGAAAGGAAAACGGGGGAGAGACUUCUUAGAGAAUAAGACCUACUUUCGCUUCGACGUUGAGCGUGGACUUGACACAAUUGCUCUGGAGGAAUGGAAAAAACUUGACGCUAUCGAUGCCUUGACGGAAGCAUAUUUGGCUCGACCAGAUAAGGGACGAGACCUGAGGGACUGUGCGCAAAGCCUAUCCUACAAGGCUUCAUCACACAUAAGUUAG